UCAGACCUCACUGCGGCGUGGGGGCUGUCUUUCCCGGGGGUUUCCUUCCCCUCCUCGGGGCACCCCUUCCCAGGGCCCUCCUUCUCUGCCUUGGCCCUGUUGCUAUUCUUGGGGGGCGUCUGGCCCGAGGGUAGCGCGAAAGUUUAGCUCUUAGAAACCCGGACUCCAGGGAGCAGGGUUUCUCGAAGCCGAGCGGCGACUUCCCGGAGCCACACACGACUCUGCGCGGACGGUCCCCCGGGCGCAGUGGACCCCGGGGCGCGGCAGGCGCUCUCCCUUCUCUCUGGUUCGGUUCUGCCCGGGCGGAGGAGGGCUCCUCCAUCUCCUCUGCUCUGCCAGGCCCUUAUCUUGGUCCUUUGAGGAUCUUAUCUGCUACAACGUGAAUGAAUGUAAUAGCUAUUUAAACAUCCCUUUGGAACAGCUGCAAUUGUGUAUCUAAAAUGCAAGGUCAACUCUGGGACCUUGGAUUGCCCUGGAUUGCAGGACUCUAGAUUGCCCUGCGCUGCCCUCUGCACUUGAAUCAUGAGGAUUCUCAGAGACGGCUUCUGCUGGAUGCUGCUUCCAUUACUUCAGUGGGCAACGCAGGCCACAGACCACGUGGAGGUGGCAAAGCAUGUGAUCAAGCUGCAUCGGGGUAGGGGCGCAGCCCUGGCACAGAGGAAGCAGUGGGUGCUGGACAGCUGCCGGAGGCUCUCUGGGCUCCUUCGCCAAAAGAACGUGGUUCUGAACAAACUGCAGAGUGCCAUCAAAGUGGUGGAGAAGGACACCAGCCUGUCAAACGAAGAGAAGCUAUUUCAGGUGCACACCUUUGAGAUUUUCCAGAAGGAACUGAAUGAAAGUGAGAAUUCAGUUUUCCAGGCAAUCUAUGGGCUGCAGAGAGCCUUGCAAGGAGAUUACAAAGAUGUGGUGAACAUGAAAGAGAGCAGCCGACAGCGUCUAGAGGCUCUGAGAGAGGCAGCCAUAAAGGAAGAAACAGAAUAUGUGGAACUUCUGGCAGCAGAAAAGCAUCAAGUUGAAGCUCUUAAACACAUACAGCAUCAGAACAGAAGUCUGUCCAUACUUGACGAGAUUCUGGAAGAUGUGAGGAGGGCAGCAGAUCGUUUAGAGGAGGAGAUAGAAGAGCAUGCCUUUGAUGACAAUAAAUCGGUGAAAGGGGUUAACGUGGAGGCUGUGCUGAGGGUGGAAGAAGAAGAGGCAGGCGCCAAGCACAACAUAACAAGGGGAGAGGUGGAGGGUGGCCUGGGCCUCAGCAUGCUGAUCGACUCCCAGAACAACCAGUAUAUCCUGACCAAGCCCAGAGAUGCCACCAUCCCACGUGCAGACCACCACUUCAUAAAGGACCUUGCUGCGAUAGGGAUACUGUCUCUGCCAUGCGGUUGGUUGUGUACAGCAAUUGGCUUGCCUACAAUGUUUGGCUACAUCAUCUGUGGUGUACUUCUGGGACCCUCAGGACUAAAUAGCAUUAAGUCUAUUGUACAAGUGGAGACAUUAGGAGAAUUUGGGGUAUUUUUUACUCUUUUUCUUGUUGGCUUAGAAUUUUCUCCAGAGAAGCUGAGAAAGGUAUGGAAGAUUUCCUUACAAGGACCCUGUUAUAUGACACUACUGAUGAUUGCAUUUGGCUUGUUGUGGGGACACCUGCUGCAGAUCAGACCCACUCAGAGCGUCUUUAUUUCUACUUGUUUGUCCUUAUCAAGUACACCCUUAGUGUCCAGGUUCCUUGUGGGCAGCACUCGGGCUGAGAAAGAAGGUGACAUUGACUACAGCAUGGUGCUUCUGGGGGUGUUGGUGAUGCAGGACGUGCAGAUGGGACUGUUCAUGGCCAUCAUGCCGACGCUCAUCCAGGCAGGAGCAGGCACAGCUUCCAGCAUUGCCAUGGAAGUGCUGCGAAUACUGGUUCUGGUUGGCCAAGUUCUUUUGUCGCUAGCUGCUGUUUUCCUUUUAUGUCUUGUUAUAAAGACUUACCUCAUAGGACCAUAUUACCGAAAGCUGCAUAUGGAAAGCAAAGGGAACAAAGAAAUUCUUAUUUUGGGAAUAUCUGCCUUCAUCUUCUUAAUGUUAACGGUCACAGAGCUGCUGGACGUCUCCAUGGAGCUGGGCUGUUUCCUGGCUGGAGCGCUCAUCUCUUCACAAGGCCACAUGGCCACCGAGGAGAUCACUUCCUACAUCGAGCCCAUCCGUGACUUCCUGGCCAUCGUUUUCUUUGCAUCGAUAGGGCUCCACGUCUUCCCCACGUUUGUACUGUACGAGCUCACAGUGUUGGUGUUCCUCACUCUGUCAGUGGUGGUCAUGAAGUUUGUUCUGGCAGUGCUGGUCUUGUCACUCAUUCUGCCGAAGAGCAGCCGGUACAUCAAGUGGAUCGUCUCUGCAGGGCUUGCGCAGGUCAGCGAGUUUUCCUUUGUCCUGGGGAGCCGAGCACGGAGAGCCGGCAUCAUCUCUCGGGAGGUGUACCUCCUUAUACUAAGUGUGACUACACUCAGCCUCUUACUUGCCCCAGUGCUGUGGAGAGCUGCAAUUAUGAAAUGUGUGCCGAGACCAGAAAGACGGUCCAGUCUUUGAUGGCACAGAGGUGACAGUGGACCUUGGGAAGGGCAGCUUGGUGAGAAGUGAGCUUUUCCAGUUACACAGUCCUUGGAGCCUUAUUCCUUAGGAACAGAAAAACACUCUAGCAAAGACAUGGUGUUUCCUGGCUUAUCAGAAUAUUUCUGUCAUAUUGUAAAAUUUUUCAGAGUAAUUUAUUUGCAGUCAAUUCAUUAUUCACAGUAGAACUGUAACACUGCAUUUUACAAAUCGCCUUGACUAUUUUGCCUGGAUGUGCCUUUUUUUCCUGAAAUUAUUGAUUUCCUAUUGUUAAUUCAUCAGUUCAUGUUUUUUUUCUGGUGAAGAGAAAAAAUUAGAAAGCUUUUAAAAAUUUAUUGUACAACUUUAAAAUAUGUUCAGUAUUCAAUAACAAUAACUAUUCGAUCUGUUGGUUGAAUAUUUGUUAUUAAACAUUGCUGUGAGAUGGAAUUUUAAUUAUGGCUUUGAGUUUGGAAGCUUUUUAUCUUUAAAGCCUAUGUUUUCUAAAAUGAGAUGAAUAUAGAUGUGUAUUUGCCUUUUAUUUUGACUAUUUUAAAUAAAAUACUUUCCUGUCAAUUUC